AUGGAGCCGGUGAUUCGUCCAGGCCCAGUUGAUCCAUCUGUUCUACGCUUGCAGACUUCCCAUAGGAGCCACGAUGUUUGGAGUGGCGUAGCUGAUAGAGUUCUCUCAGUUAGGGAGCAUAUGGUCAGCGUGGGACGUGAGUGGAGGGUAGAUGGCGGAGUACUAGAGUACGUUAGGCUUGCUGGGUUUUACGGUGUACAUAGGAUUUUGGGAGGAGGGUUUUUGCUUGAUCGAUCUCUUCUUACAGCGUUGGUUGAGAGGUGGAGGCAGGAGACACAUACUUUCCACCUAGUGUUGAGGAGUUGCUGGGAGUUCGACCUGGCCAUGAUGAUAACGGUAAGCCGUUUCUGGAGGGACCCUUUGGCGUGCAGGUGGUUACGUGUCCAUCUAUCGUGUGCGCAUACUGCUUCUGGACUACCAUACUACAGAGAUGCGUUUGACCAUCAGCGCGAGGACCAGAUGAUUUGGCAGCCAUAUACUGAGGCGGUGAUGGAUCGACUUCCGGAGAUUUGUCGCUCAUACAUGCACAUUUGGCGUUCACGGGCACCUCUGAUAUGCUUUGACGUCGUUGAGUUCCACCUCCCAGACCGAGUCCUUCGUCAGUUCGGGUUAGACCAGCCGAUCCCACAGGAUGUAGACACGGACGUUGCUCUACACAGGAAGGAUCGAAGGGGACAGCGUAAUUGGGAGAUUCGGCAUUCGGACCAUGUACACGAGUGGAGUCGACGAGAGGCAUUAGUCGUCCAGGGAUACCCGUUCACUGGGACUUCUUCCCCGGCCAUGACAGAGUACAUGGCUUGGUACCGUCGCAUCACGAGACUGGUCAUUACUCCACCUUCGCAGGAGCGCCCCCCGAGUCAUUACCAGCCAGCUACCUCUGACCUCCUGCUUGCACAUGCAUUUGCUGAUUUGCACGUCCAGCUAUCGGGAGCUACUGAGACCAUCUCCCACUUGCCACCAGAGACGGCUAUACCAUUUGCCAUACAGACGAUGCAGGGUUUUACAUCAUUUUGUGGCCAAACCUUGUCUAGGGUGGGGCAGUCACACCUUAUUCAGCAGCCUCGACCGUCCACGUCUUCAUCUUCUACUGUGCACACUAUGCCGAUCAGACCACCACCUCAUCGUGGAGGCCAUUCAGCACGUGCCUUCCGUCCACCGACUCCUUCUCAGCAUACUAUCAUGACAUCUCCUCCACUAGUGCAUCGCCAGUAUCAGAGAAACCGACGGCGUAGCAACACUACGUCUGGGGUUGGAGUUGGCCUGGAUGACAUUCCAGAGGAGACAGCUGCAUCAUCUUCAUCGUCACCUCAUGGGAAGAAGCAACGCCCGAGCUAAGUGUAUAUUUUGGAACUAAACUAAUUUUUUUGUAAAUGCUUAGAAUUGGAUUUUGUUAUAUUUAAUCAAUUGAAAAAUAUUCGACUUUGCAA